ACUCAAGCAGACGAAAUCUCAAAUAUGUUCACAUUUUUAAAAUAAGACACUGAAAUUGUCAAAAGAAAUCGUUUGACGAAAAUCAAGUUAUCUGAAAAUGCAAGCACUUUUAAAUAAUGUUACUUGGAGUAAAUUUAAAUGUAUUUUGAAUGUCACUAAUCUGAAAGAGUUGAGAAGAAUUUGCAGUGGAUCUCAUUGUCUUGAGAAGCAUGCUGCAUCACCACGUCAAUAUAUUAAGAAAGGACCUGGACUUGAAUAUUUUAUAUACAAUAGUAAACAAAUUUCAAGGGAUAAACUGGAUGAGAAAGUUACUUUAGAGAAACACCCAUACCUCGAUAAAGAUUUAUUUGAUGGUUAUGGCCUCAAAGUUUUUAUUGAGGUAUAUGGCUGUCAGAUGAAUGUGAAUGACACUGAAAUAGUUUAUUCUGUGCUUGAAAAACACAAUUAUGUCAAAGCAUCAUGUUGUGAUGAUGCUGACAUUAUUUUCUUGAUGACCUGUGCAAUUCGGGAAGGUGCUGAAAAUAAAAUUUGGCAUCGCAUUGGACAAUUAAAAGGCAUGAAACAAGAAAGAAAAAGCAAGAAAGUAGACUUAACUGUUGGAAUUAUUGGUUGCAUGGCUGAGCGUUUAAAAGAUAGUUUAUUGGAAACAGGAAAAGUUGUUGAUAUAAUUGCAGGACCAGACAGCUACAGAUCACUUCCAUAUCUACUAAGCCAUGCGUCGUCCCAUCAAGCUGCCAUUGAUGUAAUUCUCUCUGUAGAAGAGACCUAUGCAGACAUUGUUCCAGUUAGAUUAAACCCCAAAUCACCAUCUGCAUAUGUGUCCAUUAUGAGAGGUUGCGAUAACAUGUGUUCAUACUGCAUUGUCCCGUUCACACGAGGCCGAGAGCGGUCGAGGGCUAUUGAUUCUAUCUUAGAUGAAGUCCGAUGUUUAUCCGAUCAAGGAAUCAAAGAAAUUACUUUACUAGGUCAGAAUGUCAACAGUUAUAGAGACACUUCAGAAUCGAUUCAUUAUAAUGAGCCUACCAACUCCAAAGUCACAGUAAAUGCGGAUGGUUUCAAAACAAUCUAUAAAGCAAAGGUUGGUGGUCGUCGAUUUGCUGAUCUUCUGGACAAAGUCAGCCAAAUUGAUCCUGAAAUUCGUCUGCGAUUUACGUCACCUCAUCCAAAAGAUUUCCCUGACGAAGUUCUUCAUCUCAUCAAAGAGCGAAAAAAUAUUUGCAAAUCCUUGCAUCUUCCAGCUCAGUCGGGAAAUAAUCGAAUUCUUGAUUUGAUGCGACGCAAUUACACUCGAGAAGCGUAUUUAUCUCUAGUGGAGAAGAUUCAAUCUAUCUGUGGAAAAAACAUAGCGCUAAGUUCGGAUUUUAUAUGCGGAUUUUGCGGGGAAACUGAGGAAGAAUUUGAAGAGACACUAGACCUCGUCCGGCGUGUUCCAUACAGCACCGCGUACAUGUUCCCAUACAGUACUCGUGAGAAAACCUCUGCUCACCGUCGACAUCAAGACGAUGUGCCUCUCGAAACGAAAAAUGAAAGGGUCACACGGUUAAACCAAGUUUUCCGCCAAGGCGCUGAAAGGAUAAAUAAAAGUUUAAUUGGAUCCACUCAACUUGUUCUAGUCGAAGGGGACAGCCGACGAUCAAAUCAAUUUCUCGCCGGCCGUUGCGAUGGAAAUGUUAAAGUCAUUUUUCCGAAGGAGCCAUUGAUGGGAGAUAUUGACGUCGAAGAAGUCAAACCUGGAGACUACGUGGCGGUGAAGAUUCAUGAUGCAACAUCUCAAGUUCUUAAAGGAAGCGGGCUGUACAAAACUAGUCUAUCUCAAUUCGUCCACGAUGCCUUCGUUCCAGAUAUAAAUCCUUUCGCAGUUUCGACUCAAUAUUAAUUCUGAAAUGAUGUACGCUGUGUACCGCAAAACAAUUAGAAUCGUUACUUUAUUCAAGUGAUUGUUCAUUUUCUUUAAAUAUUGCGAGGAUUAUCUUUGUAGAAUACAAAUAUCUUCCAUUUC